GUGAACUUUCCUGAACACUGCUUCGUCCAUUUUCCUCCGACGGCUGUGGGUGUGUAAGUGUUAAAUAUGGUUAACCGAAGGGUUCCAUCUGUGCAUAGUAAAACCUAUGUUACUCCAAGGCGUCCUUAUGAAAAGGCCCGUCUUGAUCAGGAAUUGAGGAUAAUCGGCGAGUAUGGACUGAGAAAUAAACGUGAAGUAUGGAGGGUCAAAUAUACUCUUGCUAAAAUCAGGAAAGCUGCCAGAGAAUUGCUUACUCUUGAUGAGAAGGAUCCCAAGAGGUUGUUUGAAGGAAAUGCACUUUUGCGAAGAUUAGUGAGGAUAGGAGUAUUAGAUGAGGCUAAAAUGAAACUUGAUUAUGUUUUGGGUCUCAAAGUUGAAGAUUUCUUGGAAAGAAGACUUCAGACACAGGUUUUUAAACUGGGUCUUGCUAAGUCAAUUCACCAUGCUAGAGUUUUGAUAAGACAAAGGCAUAUAAGAGUGAGGAAGCAGGUUGUCAAUAUACCCAGCUUCAUUGUGAGGUUAGACUCACAAAAACACAUUGACUUCUCAUUGAAAUCACCAUUCGGUGGUGGCCGCCCUGGUCGUGUAAAGAGGAAGAAUUCUCGUAAGGGAACUACUGCUGCUGCUGCAGAGGAAGAUGAAGAUUAAUUGUUUAAGUUUGUUCUAAAUAAAAUAUCUUCCUGGAAGGCAUCAAUAGUUCUCUCUUGAUUUCCCCUAUAAUUGCUUUCCUAAAGAUUGUAUAUAUUAUAUAAAAUUUUUUUUUCAAGUUUUCAUAAAAUAGGUUUUAUUUUCUGGGUGCUUUCAUUAUCUUAAUAUCUGUGGCACUCCUGUUAAGGAUUUUUAAGUUGCAAUUUGUUUAAUUUUUAGUUAUUUCAAACCUAAUUUUUUUUCCUAAGUAGUAUUUUAAGGGCCUUGUGAUAUAAUAAUGCUUUAUUUUGGGAAAAUUCCCUUUAGAAUAAUGUAGAGAUAGAAAUGUGGGCUUUAGAGCCUUUGAGAAUAAUUACAAAAUACACAGAUUUAUAUAUUAAACAAAUAAAAGAAGAGAAUAUUA